GGUUUACCAUUUUGAAUGGGUACUCUCUUCACUUGUCUUUUCUGCCAAGUAGAGAGAGUGAAGAGACCACACUCGUGUAUGUGUUUGUGUUGGGGUGUGGGUAUGUGUGGGUGUGUUUGUGGACAGUAGGGGUUGUCAGGGCAUGUCACAGUUCACUGAGGUAGUCUGAUCAAACAGGUGGAUGUGUUCACCAAUAUGCCAAAGAUGAGGACCUUUUGUGGGAUUUUUUUGUUGACUCUUUGUGUUGCCUACUCUGAUGCUUGGUUUUGGUCCUGGACUGGAACUACUACUUUGGCUCCAUUAGUGGAUCACGAGGGUUCCGGCAGUCCAGCUGGUAGUGGAGAAGUACCAACCGAGCCCAUUUUAAAUGAUGGAGGAGAGGUCAUUGAGGACAGACACACUAACCAAAGUGUUGAUCGGACUUUGCAAGGGACUCAAACUCCUCAGUUUACUACUGUCACACCAAGAGCAGGGACUGAACAUACGUCAGACAAGGGCACAACAACGAUUACGCCAAGCACAAGUAAACCUGGUAAUGAAGCAUCUUCACUUAAAGGAAGAAUUGUGAUACCACAAGACAUGCAGAAAGUCCUUCAGGGGCAUGCAGUUGAUUCUACAGUUGACCUCGAGAGUCCACGUAACUCUGGAAGAAAAACACCAGGAGGUAGUGUAAUAUUUCCUACAUUAGAAACACCAAGCUUGUUAAUUACACAACCAGCUAAUGUGCAAUCAGACAGAGCAAUAUUACCCCAAUCCACCCAGCACCGAGUCAACGAUCAGGCUUUACCAAUUACACCAGAGAGUCGGUUGAAACCUAAUCAAAGCUCUUUGGAUAGUUGGACACCAGCCAACAAGGACAAAGACUUAGCUACCCCGUAUUGCUUAUUGCUGAAUACUGCACUUCCCUUCUGUUCAUCCAUGACCGGCGAGAAGUUUGCUGUGCCCAAUCACUUCAACCAGUCUAGCAUGGAGCAAGUCCACAUACUCCUAAAUGAAUGGGCUUGGUUGUUGAGGUCAAAUUGCCACUGUGAUUUGGAGAGGUUUUUCUGUCUUCUUUUACUACCAAAGUGUGGCUCUCCAGUGCCGGUGUUGCCUUGCCGAAAUUUUUGUGAGGUUUUAAAGGACAGUUGCUGGACACUCCUGGAUGAGGGCCACCUCCCUGUGAAGUGCCAAAAUCUCCCGGAUGAAGAGUAUGAUGGGUAUCGGUGCUUGUCUGUUUUGAAUCAGAAAGAAGACACCGGUCUAUCUUUGCUGCAGCUGAUUGGGGACCCUCCUCCGAAUGAGAUCACCAGAGUUUACGGGCCCGACACCACUCCAGGAUACCUGUUUGGCCCCGAUGCCAACACGGGUCAACUGGCACGUGCCCAUUUGCCGAACCCAUUCUACCGUGACUUUUCCCUCAUCUUCAACUUGAAAGCCACUUCUGACAGAGGCGGUGUGUUAUUCUCUGUCACGGAUGCCACACAGCAAAUCAUGUAUGUGGGUGUGAAACUGUCACCCGUGAUGGGCAGCAAUCAGGAUGUCAUCUUGUACUACACGGAGCCUGAUUCAGAGACAUCAUACGAGGCGGCCAGGUUCAUUGUACCCUCUUUGAGGGACACCUGGACCCGGUUUGCCAUUGCAGUGAAGGAUGACAAGGUGAUGUUAUACCUCAACUGUGAUAUCGAUCCUCAAGUUAUGCGCAUCGAAAGGUCCCCUGAUGAGAUGGAGCUGGAAGCUGGCGCUGGGGUCUUUGUCGGACAGGCUGGAGGCACGAAUCCAGACAAGUUUCUGGGUGUGAUCAGUGAACUGAGGGUGGUGGGAGACCCCCGUGCUGCUGAGAGGCAUUGCGAAGAGGAUGAAGAUGACUCAGAUAUUGCCUCAGGGGAAGGAAGUGCCGAUGGAGAAACCAGACCAUCGAAACCAGUAACAGAGAAGCACACAUGGGUGGAGACAGCUCCGCCAUCUUCACGGCCUAUUCAACAGCCCCCGGUUGCUAAGCAAGUUGAGACGUCAACUGCAAGACACACAGGACCAGUUGGGGCUAAAGGAGAGAAAGGAGACCGAGGGGACAGAGGACAGAAAGGAGACAGAGGUCUAGCGGGGCCAAAAGGAGAUGCAGGGUAUAGCUCUGCUGUUGGCUCACAAGGUGGAGCCCAAGGACUGAAGGGAGAACCAGGGGAAAGAGGAGUAAAGGGCAAUGCAGGUUUUGGAUACCAAGGAAAGAAGGGUGAGCCCGGCCCUGCUGGACCCCCUGGUCCCCCUGGCCCUCCAGGUCCGGCAUCUGAGGUCUCAGCGUGCAAGGAGGUCUCAGAUGCUUCCUGUGGGCCUGGUCCUCGAGGCCCACCUGGACCCCAAGGGGCACCCGGUGCCCAAGGACCUCCUGGAGCUGAGGGAGAACCAGGUGAUCCUGGAGAGGAUGGCAAGAGGGGUGUUGCUGGACCGCCCGGCUUUCCAGGAACACCUGGUGAUGCUGGACCAAAGGGAGAGAAGGGUGAUCGUGGAGAGGGUCAGCCUGGUCUCAGGGGCCCCCCAGGUCCUCCAGGACCCCCAGGACCAGGAGUCAGACCUACUUUUGUGGAUAUGGAGGGCUCAGGAUUCCCAGAUCUGGAAUCUUUUCGGGGACUGCCAGGGCUACCGGGACCACCGGGCCCCCCUGGUCCACCUGGUGUUUCUGGUCCCUCAACUGCAGGUACUGGAUGGACAUCUGGAGCUGUUGGUCCACCUGGAAAAGAUGGAGCACCUGGCCAACCUGGCUUGUCUGGUUUACCAGGUGUUGAUGGUGCACCAGGAGCCCCUGGUCCUAAGGGGGAAAAGGGCGAUUCUGGUGAUAUUGGUGUUUCUGGACCAGCUGGCGUGAAGGGAGCUCAAGGAGAUAAUGGUUUACCUGGACGUACAGGGGAGCCUGGAUUGGCUGGUUUACCUGGUCCAAUGGGACCAGUUGGCCCACCUGGGCCCCCCGGGCCUCCUGGACCAAGCUAUCGUGUUGGAUUUGAUGACAUGGAAGGAUCUGGUGGAAGUUUCUCAAAUCGGGUUCCUGGUGUGAGAGGACCCGAAGGAAUACAGGGUCCACCGGGUCUACCUGGACUUCCUGGUAAACCCGGUUUGCCUGGCCUCCCCGGUCAGAAGGGCAGUGGCGGCCCAGAAGGAAGAGAUGGGCAACCGGGAUUAGAUGGCUUCCCUGGAAUUCAGGGAACAAAGGGUGACAGAGGUGACAAAGGAGAGAGGGGUGAAGCAGGCCGAGAUGGAUCUGGAUUUCCAGGACCGCCAGGCCCACCCGGACCACCUGGACAAAUCAUCUAUCAGCCAUCUGAAAAUUUUGAUGGUGUUGUUGGCAGUAUUGGGGCUCAGGGAGGACCCGGGCUGCCUGGCCAAGCUGGAUUCCCUGGUCCUAUGGGUCCAAAGGGUGAAAGAGGAGACCCUGGCCCUUCCGGUUAUGGCAUCAAGGGUGAGAAAGGUGAGCCAGGUUUAGUAAUCGGUCCUGAUGGGAGUCCACUGUUUUUGGAUGGGCUAACAGGUUUGAAAGGAGACAGAGGCUCUCCUGGGCCCGUCGGACCACCUGGACAAUAUGGACCUGCUGGAUUCAAGGGUGAAAUUGGAAUGCCGGGAAGACCUGGUCGCCCUGGUGUAAAUGGAUACAAGGGUGAAAAAGGAGAGCCGGGGGGAGGCUCUGUCUACCCGGGAGUUACUGGCCCACCGGGACCACCUGGCCCUCCUGGACCCCCGGGGCCCGCCAGUCCCUUUGACCGCUUCAAUCCCUAUGAUGAAACCUCUAGAAACUAUCCAGCAAUUAAAGGAGAAAAGGGGGAUCGUGGCGAACAUGGACUUCCAGGCCUCCCCGGAUCAGCCUCUAAUUUUGACAUUUACACAUUCAAGAAUGACCUAAAAGGAGAACAAGGAAACGCAGGAGUAAAGGGAGAAAAGGGUGAACCUGGUGGAUAUUAUGACCCUCGUUUUGGAGGAGUUCAAGGUCCACAAGGGCCUCCCGGCAAACCAGGCCUACCAGGUCCAAAAGGAGAGCCUGUUAGGGGUCCCCCUGGACCUCAGGGUCCCCCUGGCCCACCAGGAGUUGGGUACGACGGCCGCCCCGGUCCACCUGGUCCACCUGGACCACCAGGACCAGCAGCAUCUCCUUCUCUGCCCGGUGCCUUUUGGCCCAGUCACUCUGCCAAUGUACCAGGACCUCCUGGUCCUCCUGGCCCACCUGGAAAUCCUGGACUCUCAUCUGCAGUUACAGUUCUAAGGUCCUAUGACACAAUGAUUGCGACUGCCAGACGCCAGGCAGAAGGAAGCCUUAUCUACAUCAUCGACAAAGCCGACCUCUAUUUAAGAGUCCGUGAUGGACUGCGACAAGUCAUGCUUGGAGACUACAGGCCCUUCUUUAGAGAGCUGGAAAAUGAGGUCGCAGAGGUCAAGCCUCCCCCUGUGGUCUUGUACCCCCAGUCCCAUGACCAGUCUCAGAACAACGGAGCUGGCCAUUACUCUCAGAGUGUCUCCACUGUCCAACCCAUUGAGCCACCAUCACACCCGCAUGUCGACCACAGAUUCCCUUACCAGAGACACUCGGGUGAGACAGACAGCAGACUGGCUACAGAACAUGUUCAGAACAAGCAUCCGGUCACUCCUCAGCGAAGACCUAGCCAUCCUGCACUGCAACCAGCUGUGCAUGUGGACAAGUCAGGAUCAGGGCUCCAUCUCAUUGCUCUGAACACCCCUCAAACUGGAAACAUGCGAGGAAUUCGAGGGGCAGAUUUCUUGUGUUUCCAGCAGGCCCGUGCUGUAGGCCUGAAGGGGACCUUCAGAGCGUUCCUGUCCUCUAAGCUUCAAGACCUCUACACCAUUGUCCGCAGGUCGGACAGAGACAACUUCCCUAUUGUCAACCUCAAGGAUCAAGUAUUGUUUGACAGCUGGGAAUCCAUCUUUGGUGACAAUGCAAGCAAAAUGAAGGAGAAUGUACCAAUUUACUCCUUUGACGGUAGAGAUAUUCUCAGGGACAGUGCAUGGCCAGACAAAAUGGUCUGGCAUGGGUCGAGCGACAAAGGCCACAGGCAAACAGACCACUAUUGUGAAACAUGGCGGGCAGGCGACCGCGCUGUAACCGGUCUGGCAUCGUCGCUACAGAGCGCCCACCUCUUGCAGCAACACUCCAGCAGCUGCUCCAGUUCACACAUCGUUCUGUGCAUUGAAAACGCCUUCACAUUGCACUCCAAACAAUAAGGAUGCCUCCACUUUUUUUUGCCCAGUUAAGUAGUUUUUAAAUAUACAUCACCAAUGUCAAUUUCUCAUAUGAUAUGCUUUGGCGUCCAAUGAAUGAACUUGCCCGGUGGCUUUUUGGCCUGGCAGAGGGGUUUUGCUUUGCAUGCUUCGUCCCUCCAUGAACGCCAAAGAGGAUGUGUUGGACAAAGGGGUUCUUUUGUCUCGGGAGAGGGGGCUUUGGCACAUAAAAAAUACAGUCUUCCCAAAUUGUAUCCAUUUAAAAAAAAAAUUAUAUUACAUGUUUUGUCAUUUUUGUGUUUACUUGUUUUGCUAUCCAUUUUUACCUUUUUAAAAUUGCUAUAUCCAUGCUUUUUAUUUGAUGUAUUGAUCAUUUCCACAUUUGUUCCAAUUUUAUUUUACUUGUGGGUGACUAUAGGGUACAGCAAAGACUAUUUUGAAAAAAAUAUAUUUAUUUUUAAAUGAAGAUAUGCAAGACCAACAAACAAAUUAAAUGAAAAUACAAUGUGCCCAAAUACCCUCAUUUAUGUUUUGAAUGGUGCCUCACUCUUAAGACCAUGCCUACUUUUCACUAAAUAUGCUCACAUAGUGGCCCACUUGCUGUUUUGAUUAUAACUAUAUGCCUUAUAGUGUUUUGUUGGGCAUAAAUUAUACCCAGAGGAACAUUUUUUAAAAAUUCAACCACCAAAAUUAGGAUUUACUGAAUAGCAGGUGUCCUGGAAGUGAUUGAUGCUGAUUUGUGUUGUGAUAUUGCUAAACAAAAAAGUUACAAAUAUAUAUUGUUAUUACUAUUCAAUUGAUUUUCAGCAACUAACCUGACUUUAGUGCAACUAAACCUGUGGUUUUACAUCAUAAUUUCCAUUUUUGUACUGAUCCUAAAGGCACUGAAUAAAAAUUGUUUCAAUUU